AUGGCAAAGUGCUCUAAAAUGAGUCUUCACACGGAAAAGUCGAAUUCGACCACCCCAAACAUGACGACCGCUCCACGUACGACUUCGAUGUCGGCCUCGAGCUAUCAGACGUCCCCUCCUCCAGCAUACGAGGAUUCUAAGGGUUUCACGUCUCGAUCGCUCAGUGUCAUCACAACUCCACGCGAGUUCAUGUCAACUGCUCGACAAAAAGAAGCCAUGUCAACCACAUCGACAUCAUCGUCGUCGACACGUGGACCGCUCUCUUUGUUCGAACAGAUCCGAGAACAUUGUGAACCGUUCGCUCGUGCAAUCAUGGGGAAUCCCCAGCUCGGCGACCCCACGACAGCUGACAGCUCGACCUCAGCAGAGCUCAAAGAGAUCAAGGGCCUCCUACAGUCACUCAUCGUUGAUGUUGAGACACUCAAAGAGCAAGGGACCGCUCAACCCGAACUAGUGGAACCGGAGGACAGAGAGCCACUGUCAGCAACGGUGUCGACCGCCAUGCGCUUCGCUGGCCACGUCAGACCGCUCGACAGCCGUAUCUACGUCCAAAUCACCACAGCCACCAAAGUGCUUCACAUGCUCUAUCAGCCGGUCGGCGGAUACAUUCAUUUAAUGAAAUCCAGUACGACCACUAUGGAGGCAGCGAACACUGAAGAAGACCGCUUCCUACAGGAUAUCCAAGCCUGGAGGGACAGUUGGCUAACUGGCUUGACGUGGACCGCUUACACUGUUUGGACGCCGCCAACAACCCUUUCUUCACUCCCAUACACACACAUUCGACCGUGUCGCUGCAUCCCAGUGCUCCUUCGAGGCAACGAACGUCACGGAGACCAAAAAACAUGCUUCACACGUCGUCUGGGACAGGAGGCGCUAUUAGCGGUACUCCACCAUCUUGUGUACGAGGAAGGAACCCUGAUGCCGCUCUCACUGAAACUCACGUGGGACACGAAUCAGGCGGCCGCUCCCUAUCUACAACUCACAGAAUAA